AAUUUGACUCUUAUUUUGUAGAGCUCUUGGAUGAAACAAGCUAUAGAAGUUGGCCGCUCUAAAGCCAUGUCCCCAAUAGAUCAGCUAGCUGACUUACUAGAUAGCACCUGUGCUCAAGAUACCUGCUCAAUUGCCGGAGCAGCUAACAACAAAACGUUGCAAAAUAUUAUAGCAAGGAAAGCAAAUAGAGGAAAAGAAUAUGAUACCAUUGCAAAGGGCAAAAGCUUUGAGAUAGUCAUCCCCAGGAACUCAGAAUCACAAUCUGAAAAUCCAAAUGAAAUUCACCUAGGACCUAAAGGUACAGAACAACUGUCAUUGCUGGAGAUAGAUUGCAAUACAAACAAUAAUCGAGUUGAUAAGGGACAAUUCAAGACCACUGGUGAAUGCCUGCUCAGCAAACACAAGGAUGUUACUUCUAACAUGUCUAGUCCUUGGAUUGAUUGUAGAGUAUCUGAGUGUACUAGAGAAGUUGCAAAUAUAUCAGAAAUUUACAAUAUUGUGACUCAUGAAUCUAAAAAACCAAAUAACGAGCUUAGCUUAAAGAGAUUUAGAGGAGUUCAGGAAAUCGGGAGGACUAUUCAAGAUAACCGCUGUUACUUGAGACAUUCUGAGCAAUCAGCCUUCUCAAGGUUGGGAGCAAGGAUCAACAGUUGAUUAUUUCUCAUCGUGUUUUCUGUUUUCCUUGGACAACUGAUUUCUGUUACUGAAUUGAUAGCAGAAUUAACCCAGUAUUCUGUCUUCUCUCUUUCUGUAGGUAUAAUACAUCCUCAAAUGUCAUCAAAACCCCUAAUGGGAUCACUGAAAGCAGUUCAGUAGUUGAUUGUAGUGUAGAACAUGCAAAAAGAGAGUCGGUUUUUGACAUACAAGCUCAUUCAAUUGACCAUCUUCUAUGUCAAAGUUCAAAAGGGAGUGGCAAUAUUAUAGAUAUGGGAUCCACAACUAAAAAGCUUAGUACGUACCUGUCAGUCGUGAAGGAUAAGUUCGAAGCAACGUCUACAAUUAACCCUUUUGCUGUUAGACCUGUGAAAAAUGACUUUACGUACACCCAACAACAAGACAAUCUAGUUAUACACAAUGACAUGCAAACUACAGAAAACUUAGCUGUAGAGAGAGGCUUAAAUCAGGAUGGCCUGCACCCUUAUCAUCACCACCACAACCACCAUCAUCA